UUGCCAGUACACAUUUAUCGGCACAUUUUAAAUCCUUAACUAAAAGUGGCCAAUACUCUUGACACGCAAGCAGAUUGUAGAUUGACAGUCCCAACAAUCAGAAGAUGAGCAGAAUUCUAGGCGCCCCGACCGUUGGCCCACAACAACAGGUGAUAGAACCUGAGGCGAAGGAUCCUUUCGAGGUUAUAACCGACGAGGACCUGUACAAAGCAGACGAGAUCCUGACGAAAGAGAUCCUCUGGUACGCCGGCUACACCCUGCUGAGUGUCGUCGUCUUCCUGGUGCUGGUGGCCUGUCUGGCCCUGGACCCCCGGGCCUUCAUCAUAGCCUUUGGUACCGGAAGUCCUUGCUGCUUGUUGUGUCCGUGCAUCAAAAGCUUGUACAAGUACACAGACCCGGCUAAGCUCAUCCAGGCAAGUGCCAACAAAUAUGUCCCAGGUAUUCUCAUAGAGGACGACGGAACAAUCAAACAGUACGACCCGUCACCUGACGAGAUGGAGGCUCUGUUCGAGUUGGUUAACGAGUUCAUGACCAUCUCGUGAGAUGGAGGCCUUGUUCGAGUUCAUGACCAUCUUGUGAGAUGGAGGCCUUGUUCGAGUUCAUGACCAUCUUGUGAGAUGGAGGCCUUGUUCGAGUUCAUGACCAUCUCGUGAGAUGGAGGCCUUGUUCGAGUUCAUGACCAUCUCGUGAGAUGGAGGCCUUGUUCGAGUUCAUGACCAUCUCGUGAGAUGGAGGCCUUGUUCGAGUUCAUGACCAUCUCGUGAGAUGGAGGCCUUGUUCGAGUUCAUGACCAUCUCGUGAGAUGGAGGCCUUGUUCGAGUUCAUGACCAUCUCGUGAGAUGGAGGCCUUGUUCGAGUUCAUGACCAUCUCGUGAGACCCACCCAGCUGAACUGAUGGCCCGCUGCAGGGGAAGUAAUGGACGCAAACUUUGCCAGAGUGAAAAUAUUUUCAAGGUUUUCUCCCCUUUAUAACGACAGAAGAGUUUCGCCCAGCAGUGGAGUUAAAAUGUCAAAUAGUGAAAAAAUUGUACGUGCUAUAGGUCUGCACACCUACGUCACUGGUGGCAGGAUUACAUGGUGGGGUGGGUGUGAUACCAGGAAGGCUUGCCCCACCCACCGUCUAUCAGCGAUGGCCUGAUGUCAGUAGCUGUGUUCUGGGUAUGCAGCAAAUACCAUGUAUCCACCUUUUGUAAAAAAUGAUUGAGUGAACAAGUUGAACUAACUCACUGACACGUACAAAAGGUAGAGGUGGCACAUACAGACUCUGUCUCUCAUUCACUCCAACACACCCUUUAGACAUACUCAUACACACACAUGCACACCC